ACACGUAACAUAACCUUGCUUUCAAAGGUGUUAAAGAUGUUUAAGGAAAGCUUUAAGUAUUACAAAUCAAAGAAGCCUCCACCUGUAUUGGACGAUGUGAUAGAUUUUCAUCAAAUAGAGGAUGUAGAUUCGAGCCUUUACAGAAAGAAGGAGAAACUAGAAUCUGUAGACUGCAUCCAUGGGUUGAUACCGGCGAAUGAAUGGGAAAUAUACGAAAUUGAAGCUAACCCUGGUUUGAUAUACAUAAAAAAUCCCUUUACUACUGCUGGACAAAAUUAUUGGAGUGUGAGAUGCUUGAGGGAUUUUACUAAGAAGCCUAAUAAGUUAAAUAUUGAUGCACAUAAUUUGCUGCCUACAGGUGUUGAUUGGUGGGAUUACUGUGAAAAAGAUGAUAGUGUUUUGAAGAAGCUGAGAUGGGCCACUUUGGGUUAUCAUCAUGAUUGGGAUACUAAAGUUUAUAAUGAGGAAUCCAAGAAUGAAUUUCCUGGUGAUUUGAAUGAGCUGUGUUGCUCGAUAUGCAACCAACUGAACUUCAAGAAGUUUAACGCGGAGGCUGCGAUAAUAAACUUUUAUCACUUGGACUCGACGUUGUCCGGUCAUACUGACCACUCCGAGCAAAACUUGGAAGCGCCAUUACUGUCCUUCAGUUUCGGCAGUUCGGCGAUUUUCCUCUUAGGCGGACAAACUUUGGACGUUAAGCCAACGGCUCUAAUGAUCCGGAGCGGUGACGUAAUUAUAAUGAGCAGAGACUCCCGAUUGUCCUACCACGGAGUGCCAAGAAUCCUUGAACCGAGUGUUGUAACUUGGGAAGACUCCUACGAUCGGUAUUCGAACUACUUGAAGAACAACAGGAUUAACAUGAACGUGCGGCAGGUGUUGAACAGAAGCGAGAAGCGUUUAAUAAAUUGAUGCAAGAGAA